AUGAACCAUUUCAUGCAGAUGUCAUCACGGCCGGAAGACAAAUUUUCAAGAUCAUCAGUAAAGGGAUUCCGACCCAGGCGAAAUGACUCCAGUCCAUACAAUGGUGAUACAAGAUAUCCAAAUAAGAGGUUACCCAGAUCAUCUAUUCCAUCGCACAAGAGUUUGUACGAACCGGCACUGCUAGGAUAUCAGCUGAUCGGAGAUAGCCAGUUCUGCAGGUUCGGUCAGCAGCUGUUGGGACUUCAGAGGGUGUCAACGCCAAAUUCACCAGGAAGAAUAGGCAUCUGCGUCAGUGGUCAGACAAUUGAUGAUCUACACAACAGAGUAAAAGAAAAGUUUUAUCCAAUUUCCGACAAAAUUAUUAUUAUGAUCGGAACUAAUGACUUUUUGAGGAAUGCAGAGGUGACCACUAUGUGUCAGGGACUCUCUGCACUCUUGAAUACACUGCAGGAAACUGUAAACGACAUUGUGCUUCUGACGCUGCCACCAAUUCCGAAGCUGGGAGAAGCACAAGGACCCCACCACUUUGCUCUCUUGCAGAACUACAAUAACUACAUCCGUAGUUUGGGAAAUGGAGACAACGUCAGGAUUGCUGACGUCAGUCCGCUAUUCAUCACAUCCUUUCCCCAACAGGAGUGUCGAAUGCGCCUGUUUGAACGGUGA